GGGGUAUGCAGACUAUGCACGUAAACCGCACCCUAUACUAGAAUAAUGGAAGCAAAGCAAACAAAAGAUGAGACUAGCAAUUUACUAAGUGUCGAACAAAAGAGUCCAUAUUAUUCUAAUGCUCAAGAAUAUCAAGAUGUGAACUAUGGCAAUCUUUAUCAGCCAAUCCUGAAUGAAUCCCAGGGUCGUCCUUUUCAACAAGACUUCAACUACUAUCCGCCUAGUAUUCAAGAUUGUCAACCUGACCCUGCUCCGGCUGAGCAACCUCCAAACUACCAUAAUCAUAUCAACCCAAACCCUUACGAAUAUUAUCAACCUUUGCCUGCUGAGCAGCAAAAAUUUAAUGCUCAACCCAUACCAGCUAUGCAAAAUCCUGUUGUUGCUACAAGAAGAAAUCAAUCCUUUGAUAUUAGAAUCAUUGCAUCAAUUUGUAUGAUAGUAUUGGCACUGUUGCUAAGCAAUUUUGUUCUUCUGUUAUGCAUUGUUCCAUCAAUUUAUUGUAUUUAUAAGGGAAAUACUGAAAGAGAUGAAGAGGAAAAGAAAAAAUACACGAGAUUAGCUCUUUGUAGUAGUUUUUGUUUGAUCAUUGCAAGUUUUUUUUGUUUUAUUUCUUUGGAUUGGUCUUGCAAUUCUUGUUGCUCUUUGAGGCUAAUGAUGAAAUAAACGACAUUUCAAUAUGUUUAUACAUGUAUACAAGAGUGGAAUUAUCCACUCUUGAUGUAUAUCACUGGCAUUUUUGUUGCAUUGUGUUGCUUGUGUAACACCCACUCAUUAA